AUGACUGUUGUCAGUGGCUAUCUUGCUACACAUCAGAGAAUCCACACUGGAGAGAAACCUUAUGAAUGUAAACAAUGUGGAAAGGCUUUCACUCGAAGUGGCCAUCUUGCUAUACAUCAGAGAAUCCACACUGGGGAGAAACCUUAUGAAUGUAAACAAUGUGGAAAGGCUUUCACUUGCAGUGGCUAUCUUGCUACACAUCAGAGAAUCCACACUGGAGAGAAACCUUAUGAAUGUAAACAAUGUGGAAAGGCUUUCACUUGGAGUGGCCAUCUUGCUGCACAUCAGAGAAGACAUACUGGAGAGAAACCUUAUGACUGUAAACACUGUGGAAAGACUUUUACAUCAAGGGGCUCUCUUGCUACACAUCAGAGAAUCCAUACCGGAGAGAAACCUUAUGACUGUAAACACUGUGGAAAGGCUUUCACACAGAAGAGCAGUAUUGCUGCACAUCAAAGAAUCCACACUGGAGAGAAACCUUAUGAAUGUAAACACUGUGGAAAGGCUUUUACAGUAAGGAGCCAACUUGUUGCACAUCAGAGAAUCCACACUGGAGAGAAACCUUAUGAAUGUAAACACUGUGGAAAAGCUUUUACAUCGAGGGGCAAUCUUGCUGCACAUCAGAGAAUCCACACUGGAGAGAAACCUUAUCAAUGUAAACAAUGUGGAAAGGCUUUUAUAGAGAAGGGCUCUCUUGCUAGACAUCAGAGAAUCCACACUGGAGAGAAACCUUAUGAAUGUAAACACUGUGGAAAGGCUUUUACAGAGAGGGGCUCUCUUGCUAGACAUCAGAGAGUCCACAUUGGAGAGAAAUCUUAUGACUCUAAACACUGUGGAAAGGCUUUUACAGAGAGGGGCUCUCACAGCUCAUCAGAGAAUCCACAUUGGAGAGAAACCUCAUGAAUGUAAAUAGUUUGGAAACCUCAUGAAUGUAAAUAGAUCAUUUAUCUUGCUAAAUAUCAGAGUAUCCACACUGGAGGGAAACUAUGGAUGUAAUAAAUUCGGAUUGACUUUCACAUGAAACUUCACAGUUACUUCAUGUCCCAAAAUCUUCACUGGAGGGAAACCUCAAUAGUAGAGAGGCUGAGCUUAUAGUUGACACUUUUAGAUUGUUUAACAUAAGAGG